AUGAGUUUAAUAUGCGAAGAAAUUCCUGCCAUUGUGAAGUUAGGAAAAGAUGGAGAGUUAAGGAUUGAUGCGAACGGUGUGAUGAGAUUCAGAGAUAAAGUUUGUGUUCCAGGUGUUCUAAAACUUGAGAAGAGUAUUCUUGAGGAAGGGCAUCAAAGUGGUGUGAGUAUUCAUCCUGGUGCCACAAAGGUGUACCAAGAUUUGGAGAAGUUGUUUUGGUGGCCCGAUAUGAAGAAAGAAGCCAACGAGUUUGUUUAUGUUGGUUUGCCGAAGAAUGCUAACGACAAUGAUUCAAUUUGGGUGAUAGUGGAUAGAUUGACUAAAUCGGCUCAGUUCCUAUCGAUGAAGACUAAUCAUUCCUUUAAGAGGUUAGUCGAGUUAUAUAUUGAAGAGAUUGUGAAACUACAUGGUAUACCUUCGAGUAUUAUGUCAGAUAGGGACCUGAGAUUUACAUCAAGGUUCUGGGAGAGUUUAUAG